CGGCGGCCAAGCCGGGUGAGGAGUAGCGCGGGCCCAUGCAGGACGCUGAGAACGUGGCGGCGCCCGAGGCGGCCGAGGAGCGGGCGGAUCCCGCGAGGCAGCAGCCGGCCUCCGAGCCGCCGCCGCCACCGGAGGAGGAGCAGACGGAGUCUGGUACCUCGGAGGUGGCGCGCACGGAAGACCCCGAGGAAGAGGCCGCGGCUGGGACGGAGCCCGAGGUGAGGGCCGAGCCCGCGGCCCAGCCCGAGGAGACCGCGACCAGCCCGGCCGAGUCGCCCCCGCCGCCGUCGGCCGAGCAGUCCUCUACACAGGCUAAACCUUCCGCUCCGGUCUUGGCCGAGGGUCCCGGGGGCCAGGCUGGGGACCAUCAGUCCAUCGAUGGUCCUGUCCGCACGGCUGCCGAAGAGGAGGGCGGGCCCGAUGGCAGCGCGGCGGCGGAUGCCGAGCCGCGGGCGGUGGAGAACGGCGAGGCGGAUGAGCCGUCCUUCAGCGAUCCCGAAGACUUCGUGGACGACGUGAGCGAGGAAGAACUACUUGGCGAUGUACUCAAAGAUCGACCCCAGGAGGCAGAUGGAAUUGACUCGGUGAUUGUAGUGGACAACGUUCCUCAGGUGGGGCCUGACCGACUCGAGAAGCUCAAAAAUGUCAUCCACAAGAUCUUUUCUAAGUUUGGGAAAAUCACCAAUGACUAUUAUCCUGAAGAGGAUGGAAAGACAAAAGGGUAUAUUUUUCUGGAAUAUGCUUCUCCUGCUCAUGCCGUGGAUGCUGUGAAAAAUGCUGAUGGCUACAAGCUGGACAAACAGCACACAUUCCGCGUCAACCUCUUCACUGACUUUGACAAGUACAUGACGAUCAGUGAUGAAUGGGACAUUCCAGAGAAACAGCCUUUCAAAGAUCUGGGAAACUUGCGAUACUGGCUGGAAGAAGCAGAGUGCAGAGAUCAGUACAGUGUGAUCUUUGAAAGUGGAGACCGUACAUCCAUCUUCUGGAAUGAUGUGAAAGACCCCGUCUCAAUUGAAGAAAGAGCGAGAUGGACGGAGACAUACGUGCGCUGGUCCCCUAAGGGCACUUACCUGGCCACCUUCCAUCAGAGAGGUAUUGCUCUGUGGGGGGGAGAGAAGUUCAAGCAGAUCCAGAGAUUCAGCCACCAAGGCGUUCAGCUCAUCGACUUCUCCCCAUGUGAAAGAUACCUGGUGACUUUCAGCCCACUGAUGGACACUCAGGAUGACCCUCAGGCCAUCAUCAUCUGGGACAUCCUUACGGGGCAUAAGAAAAGAGGCUUCCACUGUGAAAGUUCAGCUCACUGGCCUAUUUUCAAAUGGAGUCAUGAUGGCAAAUUCUUCGCAAGAAUGACGAUGGACACUCUUAGCAUCUAUGAAACUCCUUCUAUGGGCCUCCUGGACAAGAAGAGUUUGAAGAUCUCUGGAAUCAAAGACUUUUCUUGGUCCCCUGGUGGCAACAUCAUCGCCUUUUGGGUGCCUGAAGAUAAAGAUAUUCCAGCCAGGGUAACCCUGAUGCAGCUCCCCACGAGACAGGAGAUCCGUGUGAGGAAUCUGUUCAAUGUUGUGGAUUGCAAGCUGCACUGGCAGAAAAAUGGAGAUUAUCUGUGUGUUAAAGUGGACAGGACACCAAAAGGCACACAGGGCGUUGUUACAAAUUUUGAAAUUUUCCGAAUGAGAGAGAAACAGGUACCUGUCGACGUGGUUGAAAUGAAAGAAACCAUCAUAGCCUUUGCCUGGGAACCCAAUGGCAGCAAGUUCGCUGUGCUGCAUGGAGAGGCUCCAAGGAUAUCUGUCUCCUUCUACCAUGUGAAGAGCAAUGGGAAGAUUGAGCUCAUCAAGAUGUUCGACAAACAGCAGGCCAACACCAUCUUCUGGAGUCCGCAGGGGCAGUUCGUGGUGCUGGCUGGGCUGAGAAGCAUGAAUGGUGCCUUGGCGUUUGUUGACACUUCAGACUGCACAGUCAUGAACAUUGCAGAGCACUACAUGGCCUCCGAUGUUGAGUGGGACCCAACUGGCCGAUACGUGGUCACCUCUGUGUCCUGGUGGAGCCAUAAGGUGGACAAUGCUUACUGGCUGUGGACGUUCCAAGGACGCCUUCUGCAGAAGAACAACAAGGACCGCUUUUGCCAGCUGCUCUGGAGACCGCGGCCCCCAACGCUCCUCAGCCAGGAACAGAUAAAGCAAAUUAAAAAAGAUCUGAAGAAAUACUCUAAGAUCUUUGAGCAGAAGGAUCGCUUGAGCCAAUCCAAAGCAUCCAAGGAACUGGUUGAGAGAAGGCGAACCAUGAUGGAGGAUUUCCGGGAAUACCGAAAAAAGGCCCAAGAACUUUAUAUGAAACAGAAGACUGAACGUCUAGAACUACGAGGAGGAGUGGACACUGAUGAGCUGGACAGCAAUGUGGAUGACUGGGAGGAGGAGACCAUCGAGUUCUUUGUCACUGAGGAGGUCAUUCCUCUGGGGGGCCAGGAGUGACCUGAACACUGUGUCAUUGUGCUGUGUCCUGGACCGAGGCCACCUCGGCUCUGGACUCUUCCCCUGUGCUUCUUUGCUCUGGACUGGGACUGCGCCUGGGGCUCUUCAUCCCGACACAGCUCUGUGCCUUCAAGCCCCUGGCGUCCGCAGUGGGGACGUUUCGAGGCACUGCUCUCCGAUUUCUCAUUUCGGUUUUUAUCAACCACCACGUUGGCUGUGGGGACUACUUGUCACAGGGCCCCUGGAGGCUCUAUUUCACUCCUGCUGCCAAUGCGUGUCUAGGCCCCCACCAGCAGCUCAGUGGGGAUUCCGUUCACGAACUUCUGUCCCUGGUGGGCCAGUGUUGGUUUACCUGGACACUGUCAGGGAGGCCGCACUCCCACCACUUGUGCCACCGAGCUCUGGGGGUGCCAUGGCACCUCAUACCGUUCAGGUUGUGACAGGUCCUCUGCACAGGUUGAACAUGGAAUAAAAGCAACCCUGUAUGAAAA